UCCGAGCCGAGAAGAAGAGGCACCAGGGACUCGCCGGCCUCCGGGGACUCGCCACCCGAGACACCACAAACGCGAUAGUCAAUAAUUGCCUUUUGGGUGCACCGGAUCGGCGAACGCCAGGAGACAGAGAUCGAGAGCGCGAUCAUCGUCCGCGUGUGAAACACAGCGACUCGUCGCACCAGCCGAGCCUGUUUCCUCGGUGGCUCGAAGCAGUGGAGGAGGGUAGCCAACACGAGUUGACAGGAUGAUACGCGUCGACGAGACUGACCCGGUGGGCGAGAUCGAGCCGAGUUUCCCCUACCGAAAUGUGACGGUGCGCCGUGGCGUGGAAUUCAACGAUCAUUACGACAUCCAAUCGGAGAUCGGACGAGGAAAAUUUGGCACCGUUUAUCGAUGUAAGGAGAAAGUAAGCGACCUGAUGCUGGCCGCGAAGGUGGUGAACACGAUGAAAAAGGAGGACAGACGAGCGGUGGAGCGAGAGGUGGAGAUCAUGAGACGGCUACAGCAUCCACGGCUUAUUCAACUUUACGACGCCAUCGACACCGGCAAACAGAUACACGUGGUUUUGGAACUGAUCGAAGGUGGCGAACUAUUCGAGAGGGUGAUAGACGACGAUUUCGUGUUGACCGAGCGUAGUUGCGCCGUUUUCCUGCGACAGAUCUGCGAGGGUGUAGAGUUCAUUCACCGGCAGAACAUCUUGCAUCUCGAUUUAAAGCCUGAGAACAUAUUAUGUUUGACAAAGGAAGGUAACAGAAUUAAAAUCAUAGACUUCGGCCUGGCGAGAGAGUACGAUCCGAAGAAGAAGCUGCAAGUUCUAUUUGGCACGCCGGAGUUCGUUGCGCCGGAAGUCGUUAAUUUCGAUCAGAUUGGUUACGGCACCGACAUGUGGAGUAUAGGCGUUAUCUGUUACGUAUUGUUAUCCGGUUUGUCGCCGUUCAUGGGGGACACCGAUCUCGAGACGAUGGCGAACGUGACCAUCGCCAAGUACGACUUCGAUCAUGACGCGUUCACCAACAUAUCGGAAGACGCGAAAGAUUUUAUUCGAUGUCUGCUAGUCAAAGACAAAGACAAACGUAUGUCGGCGGCGGAGUGCAGGGAGCAUCGUUGGCUGGCCAAGAAGCCAGCGAGUCAGCAACAGCGGCAGGUGGAGGAAACGGCGAUGCCACCGGCUCGAAGCGUGCAAAUCCCUCGAGUGCGGACGAGCAACGUGGACGAGCUGGACGUGACCAAAGAGAAUCUGAGACUGUUCGUGGAACGUUGGCGAGAGCAUCCGGACAGUCCGUACCUGAUAGAUAUUCCGCAGUGCUUGCUCGGCCAGCAGCUGAAUUCAACGGGCGAUCGCGAGGAGUUAGUGUCGUUGAGAGGUCAGAGCCCGUCGCCUUGCGCCAGUAUCUGCAGCACGCUGUCGGAAACGACGGACAGCUCGCCCCGCGAGGGCCACGGCACGUUCCUCACGGUGCCUAGUUUCGGAUACGGUCUCGAGAGGAGAGCCUCCGAGAGCGUCGCCACGCAGAAGCCGAGGAGCGACCCUGCCAGCCAGAUUAUCCUAGCCGAGGAGAUAAUCAAAUUGUCGGAGCGUCUGAGAUCCAUAGCCAUGGGAGCGUGCGAGACACCGAACGACGAGGAGACUACCAGCUCGGUGAUCGGCGAACGGAAUAGUAAAAGAAACGAGCCGAACGAGAAGGAGAAGGAGAAGAGAAACGAGGCUCGCGAGAAGAGGAACGGCUUGGUCGUUGAGAACAGCGAGUGCAACGAAAUCACGGAGAAACUGUCGAGCAUAGUGAGACACAGGAAGCUGAACGGAACCACGUUUCACAGUAGUCGUAGCUUCGACAAGUACGAGACGAACACUGGGAACGUGUUCGCUUCGUUGAGAAAGACAGGGAGGCAGAAGAGAGAGGAAGAGUCUUUCGAGUCGACCAGGUCGGAAUCUCUUGAGAAGAAAGUGGAAGGCGCGACGUGUGAUAAGACGAUAGACGAGAGAAUACCGAGGAAAGAUGGCGAGAUGGACCUUACGCCACCGUGGCGACGUCCACGCGUGAAACAGUUCGGCGAGACUAGCAGAGAUGUUCCACGGAUCUCUGGGCUUCGUAAUUUGCACAAGAGCCUGAAUCUGGACGAACCUGCUAAUACCAAGGAUCUGUUGCUUCAUUUGCUUGGCGAAUGGGAAGAGGUUGCCACGAGACCGUCGGGUGUUGGCCGCAAGUCUGUCAGCGUUGACUGGUGCGGAGAAGAGUCUGUCGCUAGAAAGACAAUGAACUCAUUGGCGGAGUAUUUCCAAUCGAAACAACAAAAGUCCACGGCUGCUAACGUUAGCUCGCCCAUGUCGAGUUCGAUACACCGUUGAAACGAUUCGUCGGUAAAAUCGAGGACUAUACGUGUGUUGGAUUUGUGCCUGUUGUUCCUUACAACGACGACAAUCGUCGGGGAUGAUUCGUUAUUGUGAGGUUCUCAGGGCAGUGCAAGAUUAUUUCUCGUUCAACGUUUGCGCACAGCGCUGAAUGAAGCACUUCCGGCCUGAACGGAGCAAGACAAGUUUGUAGUGAGCGUGCAAUUUUAUUUGAAUUCACUUGUGUCGAAUUCAAGUAAAUACGCGAGUUCCUGGUGAAUUGCUCGCGUUGUCAAGUUUAUUAUAUUCGACUGAAGGAAGAGAAACGAUUGAUUAUUAAAAUAUUUCGACAAUCGA